GCAGCAUUUGGGGCAGCGCGUCAUUAUCUGAGUCACAGUUCUCUCUCCCUCUCAUGCCCUUUGUCCCUUACCCGACAAAUGUGAAGAGCCCAGUGACCUCAUCUGUGACGGGCAAAAGGACACACACCCAGUGAAGACAGCAGCGUGGCCUCACCUGUCUCUUCCUCCCCAUCCUCUCCCUGCUCGGAUGCGCUCACGACAGGUCUGUUCUAUCCCACCGCUAGCGCCACUGUAUCCGAGCGCCUACCUGUCGUGCAUGAGGCACCCUGACUGACAUCUGUCUCACCCUCCCACCGUCUGCCCCAAUCCACAAAGACACAGCACACCCAGCUCUGGCGGCUCUAUCUGCAGGCUGGACCCUUCUAACAAUUGCUAGGGGAAUGGACCAAACACUGUAGCUGGCACAGGCAUGUUGCAGGUGCUGGGCUGCUGCUGCAGAACAGCAUAACUACAAGCCCUGCAGGCCGCAGGUUGAUGGGGAUGAUACAGAUCUGUGUGUCUGUGCGAGCAUUCGGAGACACGCUCAGUGUAUGUAUCUCUGGCCAAGCUGAUAGGCCAUCCCUGAGGAAACCAGCCCUCUUCAGGAAAGCACUUAAGCAGGAAAGGACCGUGCUGGAAAAGCCCUUUAAGCCUCCCUUUCUCCCCCCCAGCACCAGCCGCCCACCUCUGACAAAGUUACAGCUCUGUCUAACGGCUCAGUCCCAGGAUGGAGCCCUCCUCCUCAGUAUUUAGCUAUUUGUUAUUGCACUUGUUUGUUCUCUCCUUACAAGCUCAGGUAACUGUUCAGUCCCCACCUAAUUUUACACAGCAUGUGAGGGAUCAGAGCCUGGUGACGGAUCAGCUCAGCCGACGGCUCGUCCGCACCUACCAGCUGUACAGCCGGACCAGCGGGAAGCAUGUGCAAGUCCUGGACAACAAGAAAAUCAAUGCCAUGGCUGAGGACGGGGAUGCGCAUGCCAAGCUCAUCGUGGAGACAGACACUUUUGGGAGCCGCGUGCGCAUCAAAGGGGCUGAGACCGGGUUCUACAUCUGCAUGAACAAGAAGGGAAAGCUGAUUGGCAAGAGCAACGGCAAAGGCAAAGACUGCGUCUUCACGGAGAUCGUCCUGGAGAACAACUACACGGCGCUGCAGAACGCCAAGUACGAGGGCUGGUACAUGGGCUUCACCCGCAAGGGCCGGCCCCGCAAGGGCUCCAAGACGCGGCAGCACCAGCGCGAGGUGCACUUCAUGAAGAGGCUUCCCAAGGGCCACCAGACCACCGAGCCCCACAAGCGCUUUGAGUUCCUCAAUUACCCGUUCAACCGGAGAAGUAAAAGGACUCGAAACUCCAGCCCUUGGCAGGGCCCGUGACUGGCCCCGCCCCCUGCCUCCCAAGCCCCGCCCCCUUCUCUUCUGCGUAGACA